GUCGGAACUGUAGUGCAUGAAAUCAGUGAAAGGUGGUGGAAUCGAUGUUAGUAUAUAAACUCGGUAUUCCAUUGCCGUAGACACUCAACGUUUUGUGCUUUAACGAUAAACACCUUUUCGGGAAACCUACAACUAUGAACCAAAUUAUUGCUCUAUUUGGUCUGGCGAUGAUCGCCGGGAUCGUUUCUGCGGGCCACAUCGAAGAAGACCAUGGAAGCUCCACCUACGAGGAAAAGACGAAACCAGUAGAAAUCCCAAUUUACAAAAAAUAUGCAAUUCCAAUCCCUCAUCCUGUACCAGUCGAAAUUCCUCAAAAGAUAGAAAUACCAAUUCCUCAACCUCAACAAGUUCCCGUUGAAAUUCCACACCCCUAUCCAGUCGAAGUUGUGAAACACGUGGAAAUCCCUAUCGAAAAGCCAGAGCCUGUUAUCGUAGAAAAACACGUACCUUUUGUGGUGGAGAAGCCGUAUCCAGUGUACGUCGAAAAGAAAUUUCCCAUUCCAGUCGCAAAGCCGUAUCCAGUUCAUGUGCCAGUUUACAAGCACGUAUUCCAUUACACUUCAAAGGGCAAAGGAUGGCACUAGACUGAUUCGCUCGCUACUGAACACUUGGGAAUUGUUCUUCCUGCGACUGAUCGUUUUACGGGA